AGAACAGGGGAGAGGCUGACCCUGAGAUACACCCUGCAGGCUGCACUUCAGCUGUCAGAGAGAGAGACUGCGAGAGAGAGCGAAAUUGAGGCGAGAUAGGAGAGAGACUGAGAGAUAGAGAGAGAGAGAGAGAGAGAGAGAGAGAGAGAGAGAGAGAGAGAGAGAGAGAAAGAGAGAAAGAGAGAAGGGGAGUGAAAGAGAGAGAGACUGAGUGGGGAAAGAGAGAGGAAGAGAGAGAGGUUUCUUCUCAUUAGCAAGAGUCAAUCGUCAGCCUUGAGAAGGAAAAUUAAUGAAUUAAUGAAUGGCACACACACACUGGUAUGUAUCCUCUGCUCUGAGGAGUGGAAGCAGUACACAUUAGUGAGCACAGUUGUUUGGAUCCUCCUUGCCUGAUCAGAGGGGGGAAAGAGAGAGAACACAAGAGAAACAUCACAAGAGAGACAGAGAGAAAGAAAGAGUCUCCCUCUGCCUCUCCUGCUUCUCCUGGGCUAGUGGCCAGACACUGACUCUGUUGCAUCCUGGAAGAACACAAGCUGAGGAUACCACAAUGCUGCCUUAGACAGAAUGACAGAACACACAGCAACACUUUGGAAGUGCUAUCAGCAGUAUUUCUUUUCCUUCAUUUGUUCAGACAUAAAGAAGAUACAACAUCCCUGCCAGGCUGCCACAAGAAUGACAGUCAGUCGGACAGACGGACAGAGAGCAGCAGUGGUUAUGCAGCUCGGGCUGUAACAGCUGGAGUACUCUCUCUCGCCUGAAGCAAUUGGUUUUAGGAGCUAAGUUCCUCACUACCUCUCAAUCAUUGACUCAUAGUCCUGUAGGAUCUCCUCUCAUACAGAUGGACACAAUACUGCAGUAGUCCCUACAGACUGAGACAGAACAGUACAGCUCCACUUGGAGAACAGUAGAAGGAAACCGUGGAUUCUUCCCUCUCGGAGGGCUGAGAUAUCUGCGAUACCUGUGGUCAGAGACUGGAUUGUUGCCUUUUCCUAUGGAGGAAAGAUUGAUGAUGAAACUGUAUAUCUGAUUCAUUACAACAUACUCUGGUCAUAGAGCCUGGACUCUCCCAGGUGGAUAUUUCCUACACUUCCCUUGGACUUAAGUAGUGAUUCACACUGGAUUGGCUUACUCCCUGUUCGGUGUAUUUGUGUCAGGAUGGAGUGUGUAAAGAAUGUGUCUCUGAUUCUGAGUGUUUUCCUGUUGAGCUCAGCCCAGAGCGUCUACCCCAGAAUACGACUCUCCCAUAAAGAGUUAUGGGAUCUGAACAGGACGUGGGUGUUUCAGGGACCAGGUCCCUCCCUGCAGCCCCAGACCAUGCUGUUGGACGAGGCCCAUGAAAGGCUGUACGUAGGGGCUAAAAACAUCCUGUACUCCCUCAGCCUGGAGAGAGUAAACCACCAACACAGAGAGAUCGACUGGGCCAGCUCUGUGUCGCAGGUAGAAGAUUGUCUGAUGAAAGGCAGAGAGAAGCCAGAGUGUGCUAACUACAUCAAGGUGCUGCAUCGGUAUAACACCACCCACCUGUUGGCCUGCGGAACAGGAGCAUUUAAUCCUCACUGUGCCAAAAUCAGGGUGGGACACACAGGACAGGUCAGGCAGUUUGAACUGGAGGAGCAGAGUAUAGAGAGCGGCAGAGGGAGAUGUCCCUACGACCACAACAGCCCCGUUACAUCCACCCUGGACAGAGGAGAGCUGUAUAUUGGCCUGUACACAGACUACUGGGAGAAUGACGCAGCUCUGUGUCGACUGAACAACCAGAGCUACACACGCACUGAGAGAGACGACAGACAACAGCUCAAUGAGCCUAAGUUUAUUGGGUCAGUGGUGAUUCCUGAUAACAAUGACAGGGAUGAUGACAAGGUCUACUUCUUCUUCACGGAGAGAGGGACGGACGCAGAGGGAGUUAACAAGGCUGUUUACACCAGGGUGGGACGGGUCUGUGCGAAUGAUCAGGGAGGUCAGAGGAUGUUGGUGAAUCGUUGGAGCUCCUUCCUAAAGACUCGUCUCAUCUGCUCUGUGGCUGGACCCAAUGGCAUCGACACACACUUUGACGAGCUAGAGGAUGUAUUUGUGUUGAAGAACAAGGAUGAGAAGAAUCCAGAGAUUUUUGGCCUCUUCAGCACUACAAGUGCUGUGUUCCAGGGCUAUGCGGUGUGUGUGUACCACAUGGAUGAUGUGCGAGCAGCGUUCAAUGGCCAGUUUGCCCACCGGGAGAGACCAGAGCACCACUGGACCCCCUACGAAGGCCGGGUCCCCUACCCACGCCCCGGAUCUUGUGCCAGUGAGGUGAAUGGUGGUGGGUUCUCAGGUUCUAAGGAGUUCCCUGAUGAGGUUCUGCGAUUCGUGCGUUCCCACCCCAUCAUGUUUAGCCCGGUCCUCCCCCUCCACCGCAGACCAGUUCUACUGCAGACAGAGCCAGGGGGGAGGAGACUAACUCAGAUUGCUGUGGACCGUGUCCAGGCCCAGGAUGGACACUAUCAUGUUCUGUAUAUAGGAACAGGCGACUCUGUGGUGUUGAAGGUUAUCACCAUCUACAACAAAGACACAGACACCAUAGAGGAAGUGCUGCUGGAGGAACUGCAGGUGUUCAAGGUCCCUUUUCCAAUAACUGAGAUCAUCAUAUCAGCUAAACGGCAACAGCUAUAUGUGGGUUCUGAGGUUGGUGUGGCUCAGGUGAGGCUCCAUCAGUGUGACCUGUACGGGUCUGAGUGUGCCGACUGUUGCCUAGCGAGGGACCCUUACUGCGCCUGGGAUGGAAUCACCUGCUCACGAUACUACCCUGCUGGGGUUUACACCAAGAGUAGACGAUUCAGGAGACAGGAUGUUCGCCAUGGCAACGCUGUACAGCUGUGCAACGGGCUACAGAUUGAUGUAGGGGAGCAGUACCAGGGUGCAGCGGAGAGGCAGGUGUAUGGGGUAGAGAGUAACAGUACUCUACUAGAGUGUACCCCUCGUUCUCUACAGGCCAGAGUCAUGUGGUACAUACAGAGGGACCCAGACAGAGAGGAGGUCGGAGGUGAUGAGCGUGUAGUUAUCACAACCCACGGGCUGCUGUUCCUGCGUGUUCGGAGCGGGGAUGCUGGUGUGUACGUGUGUCAGACGGUGGAACAUGGCUAUGUCCACACCCUACUGAGGGUCACGCUACACGUGUUGGGAGGGCAGAAGGUUGGGGCCCUGAUACACAGGACAGGGGAGGAGGGGGAGGGAGAGGGGGAGAAAAAAGCAACCUGUCACCUCCCUAUAGAUACCUCUCCAGGCCCCCACCCUGGUUCCAACUCUGACCCAAGUUCCAGGCUACAAGGAGCCCUGCCAGGGUUAUCCUUAGCCCCAGCCCCAGCUCCAGGCCCUACCUCCAGGCUGCCAGGCCCUGGUACUACAUCCAGGCUGCCAGCCCCAGGACCAGGCCCUUCCUCACAGCUGUGGUACAAGGAGUUUCUCCAGCUGAUAGGCUAUGGGGACUCCCAGCAGGUGGAGGAGUACUGUGAGAGGGUCUGGUGCUCAGGGAAGAGACGCAGGAAGACUAAACGCAGAUACACCCAGCCAAUGGAAGUAGGAGAGAGGAAGGGGAGGGGGAAAGGAGACCCACACCGAGCCCCCAGACACACCUUGGACAACUGAGGGGGGAGAGAGUGAGAGGGUAGAGACUGUACAACACACACACACACACUGUGACACUUUUUUUCAGUAGAGAAUACUACAACCAACAAAGCUAAAACGUGGCACUGUCUUCUCUUAGACUUGAACAUAUUGUCUUAUUCCUUCUAAUAUCCAGACUUUGUUAUAUUGUGUUUUUCCUUCCCUGGUUUCUGGUGGAAACCUUGCCACUGGUAGAUAUGCAGAGUGUGUCUCUCCCUGAGUGUCCGUCAGAUCGAAGGCAUGUAGAACAGACUAAUUGUUUGGAACGACGUGGCCUCUGACUUUAAGACCACAGAACUGACAGCAGGCCUCUCUGAGCGGACAAAGGAUUCACAGCCAUGCCAGAUGAACACACAGAUAACAGACAUUCAAACAGAUUCAUUAGAAAUAAAACAUGUGUAUGUUUCUAGAGAUACUCUUGAGCUGCUCGUGGUAAAAACCACUGAUUAGAAAAUACAUAGCGCAUACGCACAUCAAAAAGUAGUGUUUCUUUCUAAUGUGUCUUACUGUAAUUACAUGAUUAUUAUUAUUAUAGGUAUCUGUUUUGAGUUUAGUAGUGCUUUUGAUUUUAUUCAACUGGAAACAGUGCUGUGAUAUUGUUUUACUGUAGAAUUAAAUGUUAACUUUCAUGACGAUGUAGGCGAGUAUUAUCUACCAUACUUUGUCAGAUCAUAUGGUUUAACUUGUGAUUUCAUGUGGUUUCACAUGAGAUUUAGAAUUCUAGGUAAGUUGACAUCAUUGAAUGAUUACAUUCAUGCGGAAUUCUGUGUGUGCGGCUCAGAGAAUAUUCAACAAAGAAUACCACUGAACAAUAAAAACAUCUUGGAGAAUAUUCAACAAAGAAUACCACUGAACAAUAAAAACAUCUUGGAGAAUAUUCAACAAAGAAUACCACUGAACAAUAUAAACAGUUUGGAGAAUCUACUGUUGAUGAUGGAACAUGGAUUCUAUCAAAUGGAAUAGAUGUAACCCCGCAAUAGAAGUUAUAGAUACUUCAUCUGAGUCUUUAGAUAUGAAAUGAUAUCCACAGUGUAUCUCAACAGUGCAUUUCCCCUUCAAUAAAUGUCCAACUUAAAUGUGAA